AUGUAUGACAUCUACGGCUUAAAUAUGGUUAAGAAAUACGAGUCACAGAUCUUGGGAACAUUACCCCCGCAUUUGUUUGCAAUCGGAAGCAGCGCUUAUAGUAAGAUGAAUGAAGACAGUGAGGGACAGGUAGUCGUGGUGUGCGGUGAGAGCGGCGCCGGGAAGACAGAGAACACGAAACUAUUGAUGCAAUACUUGGCGGCCGUCAACAAGUCUUCGAGUAAUAUAAUCACUGAACAGAUCUUAGAGGCGACGCCUUUACUCGAGUCUUUCGGUAACGCGAAGACCGUUAAGAAUAACAAUUCGAGUCGUUUUGGAAAAUAUCUGGAAAUCUAUUUUAAAGAUGGUCUCAUAACCGGCGCCCGGACUACAGAAUAUCUGUUGGAAAAGUCCAGAAUUGUGACCCAAUCGCAGGAUGAACGCAAUUAUCAUGUCUUCUAUGAGCUGUUGUCCGGACUCACGAAUGAAGAGAAGGAGAAGUAUGGCCUACAAGUGGCCGAUAAGUACUUCUACCUAAAUCAGGGCCAGUCGUGUGAAAUCGAUGGCAAAGACGACGCCGAGGGCUUUCGGUUUCUGUUGAGUGCAAUGCAAGUGUUGGGAUUCACUAACGAAGAACAGGACACUAUAUUCCGGAUGUUGGCAUCAGUUCUUCAUUUGGGAAACAUAUACUUCCAUCGGAAACAGUUCAGACACGGCCAGGAAGGGGUCGAAGUGGGCAGUGAUGCUGAGAUCCGGUGGGUCUCACACCUCCUUCAGCUAUCGUUGGAUGGAAUCUUCAAAGCCAUGACUAUUAAAACAACUGAAGCCAGAAAUGAGAAGAUGAUGACUCCUCUGAACAUAGACCAGGCACUGGACGCCAGGGAUGCCAUUUCCAAAGCCCUGUACUCGUGUCUGUUCUCAUGGCUCGUCCAGAGAGUGAAUCUCAUGAUAUAUAAAGGCAGCCGAAAGACAUGUCUCGCCAUUUUGGAUAUCUUCGGAUUCGAGAACUUUAAGGACAAUAACUUCGAGCAGUUGUGCAUCAAUUAUGCCAACGAAACGCUUCAGUCGUAUUUCAAUAAAUAUGUCUUCAAAUUGGAGCAAAUGGAGUACUCGAAGGAGAAGAUCGAGUGGCAGCCAUUGAGCUUCCCGGACAACAUGUCGGUGCUGACGCUUAUCUCGAAAAAGCCGGUCGGAAUCCUUCCCCUUCUGGACGACGAAAGCAAUUUCCCGAAAGCCAGCGACCAGUCGUUUCUGGAGAAGUGUCACUACAAUCACGCGCUCAACGAUCUGUACAAUCGGCCGCGUAUGUCGUCCAUGGAGUUCGGGAUCAAACACUACGCCGGGCAGGUCUGGUACUCCGUGGACGGCUUUCUCGACAAAAACCGGGACACUCUUCGGCCGAAUGUCAUGGAUCUGUUGAUUAGCAGCAAAAUGCCAAUGAUUUCGAAGAUGUUUCAAAACCUGCGCGAAUCGGUCGAAGCGAAUAAGACCUACAGUCGAAGCGACGGCCGAUUCAUUACGAUGAAGCCGAGGGCGCCUACAGUGUCGGCCCGGUUUCAAGACUCGUUGCAAUCCCUGCUCGAGAUUAUGUCGAAAUGCAAUCCGUGGUUCGUUCGGUGUAUUAAACCAAACAACGAUAAGGUGUCCAUGAAAUUCGAUGUCCCGGUGGUGUUGGAACAGCUGAGGUAUUCGGGGAUAUUGGAGACCAUUCGCAUCAGGAAAUUAGGCUUUCCCAUCAGAAUCAAAUAUCAAACUUUCGUUUUAAGAUACCGGUGCUUACUACCCAAUCAGACCCCGAGGGGAACUUCAUCUAAGGAUAUUUGUCGACUCAUAUUAGAAAGGAUACCAAAUUAUAGCCAUCAAUACCAAUAUGGAUUGACUAAAAUAUUUUUAAGGGAAUCGUUAGACCAGUCGCUGGAAAAAGAGAGAAAAGAAGUGAUGCUGUCGUCGGUCAUUAAAAUUCAGUCCUAUAUUAAGACAUUUAUAGCGCGACGAAGAUAUCGCAACUAUCGCUCAAAUGUAAUUAAAAUUCAGUCAAUGUUUAGAGGAUAUAGAGUUAGAAAGGAUUACCACAACUUGCGGAACGGUAUCAUCAGAAUACAAGCCAACUAUAAAAUGAAAAAACAGAAAGUUGAAUACCAAAAGUUAAAAGCUCUUAAAACGCGUCAAAUAGAGGCCGAAAGGAUAGCCUUUGAAAAGACAAAAGAGAAGGCGAAUAGAGAUAGGGAUGAAAUGGAGCGCUCGUCCAGAGCUGUGGCCGGUAUUAACCACUUGGAAGUGCCCGCAGAGCUGGCCUUCAUAUUCAGCAAACUCGACGACUGGCAGUGCAUUCAUUCGGCACAGAAUAUCGUGAGAGUGAACUCCAAUGUCCACCAAAUGCUACACAAAUGGCGACUCCCGUCGGACAUCGAUUACUACGCGUUCACAAAGUUUACAAAUAUCUACUUCAGGGCCCAUAUAUGGGGUAUGAAACGAGAGCCCAUCAAAACGCCCUUCUUAGCCAAAAAUAGUGAAACCGAUUUCCAAGAAUCGGUGGCCAUUUUUAAACUGAUCCUUCGGUUCAUGAAUGACAGCAAUUUGUGCGGAAAGAAGGAGAAAGCAUUAGCCGAUUAUAUCGCACAGAAAGGACUGUCCAAUAGUGCGCUCAGGGAUGAGAUCCUAUGUCAACUGUGUAACCAGACCUGGAAGAAUGAGAAUGAGGCGAAUAAUGAGCGAGGCUGGCAGUUGCUGGCUCAUUGCUUAUCUAGUUUCCCUCCCAGCCCUACGCUUUACAAAUACCUAUUAAAAUAUGUUUCCGAUCAGGGCUUUGAUGGAUACAAAGCUGUCACUCAAAAACAGUUACUCCAAAGCGAGAAGUCUGAGAGUCUGAAUGUGCGGACAUACCCGCCCUCCCUUCUCGAGUGGAAGGCUAACAACAAGAGGUGUAAUAUGGCAUUAGAGGCGACUUUUGCUGAUGGCGACAGUAGAUACGCCCCAAUCGAGUCCUGGGCUUCAGCCGAAACUUUUGCAUCAGAAGCCCUGCGCGCAAAAGGACUCAAUUCGUGCUUUGGUUGGACUGUCGAUCUCGACGACGACGGCGAUGAGUACGGACUGAAUGGCAGCGACUUUGCGAUGGAUGUAGUCUCGCAAAUGGAAAUUCCAAACGCCUUUCCCGCCAACAAAAGCUAUUUCUUGGUGUCGGCCGACCGAUCAAAGCAGAGAACAGAUAAACAGAAUUCAUACCAUAAUCCGGAGAGGAUUAACAAAUUCGAGCUCAACUUCGACGAGUCAAUACCGGUGCCAUCGUUUCACAAUCACUACGAAUCUCAAGAUCCGAAAGUUGGUCACAGAAGUCGCCAAAACUUGCGCCGAAGCGAUAUGUCUUCGGAUGGAAACCCGAGAGCGCGGUCUCUAUCGAGAGAACAUUUGGCCCAAAACGAUGACAACGACGAGAACCAGAUGUUGACGUCAGACCAGGACUUGGGUCUCUCGAAGAAGAGUAAACUCAACGAAAGGUAUCUCCAGAAUAAACAAAUGACGAGCAAUGAGAAGAUCCAACUCUCGGAGACGAGUCGAUUGAAUCAGAGAUACAUUUCCAACAAAUCAGAGGCCGACCGAAAGAAUGGAGACAUUGAGUUGCGAUCAAAGAAGCGAAACAUUCACUCGAAGACGAGCGACAAGAAGUCGAAACUCGACUCAAAUAAGAGGAGUAUUUCGAUGCAAGAGUUGGGUUUGGCGUCGUCUGCCCUCAACGACAGAUACUUCUCGCGAACCGAUUUACACAAAACCGCUUCACUCACAGAAGGCAGUGACAGCGGACCCGAUGCCAACCCUCACCACAAUAUAUUAAGUCUUUCAGCAUUUAAAGGCGAAACCUCUUCGGCGCUAAACGAAAGCCUACAGAAAGCCAACCGAACAAACAUGAGUUCCCGUCCACUGCCGGCUGAGCCCGGCAUUGAAGACAACUCCAAGAGGUCGCCCCCGAAGAAGUCACACUCCUCUCGAAAGUCUCAUCUCAUUCGGCCGUCGAGUCGCUCGUCUUCCUCCUCUUCCCUGUCAUCCGUUCCCUCGUCUGCCGACAGAGAAAUGGAUUUUCCUAUUAUUGAAGGCGAAAGGAAUGGCGAAGACUUGUCUGAAUUCAACGACAAGUCAAGCGAACAGAACUCUCGGUACCAGAAAUACAGCGGAAAACUUCCCAUCCCUUCACUCAAUAAGCAUUCGCUCACUUCCAAGGCUUAUAUCGACAGAUCUGUCAGUAGAGACAGUGAGUACCAGUUGGUGAGGGGCUCAGCCAUGUCGGACACGUCGGAAUCGCCAUCACUCGCAUCUCAUGUCAGGAAUAUUCGCAUCCCUUCCCACACAUCAGAAUUAGACCAAUAUUUGGACGAUUUAUUCAAUCCGGUGUUGGACGCAAACCUGGAUGAGUUGAGUGACGCCCGAUCUCUGGCCGCUUCCAUCAAAGGCGGCGGUUCUUUGUAUGACUCGGAAAGUGGUCUUCAGUGCAAUAGCUCUUCAAAUGAUAAUCAAAAUGCCAUCAAAAAUAUAAAUACUAACAGAAGAGUGCAUCGAUUGAAUGACUUUUCGUACGAAUUAGAUAUCGACACAAAUGAAUUUGAGGCACUGGUAGAGCCCAAUAGACUAGUGUCGGCGCUCAAAGGGGGCGGAAAUAAUGAACUCGAAACAACAAACCGCAAACAGAAUCUGAGUAUUUCAACGAAUCUGGAUUCGAGUCGAUCUCUGACACCAUCCGAUGGUCUGAGCGACUCGUUGACAUCGCCGCUGAAUAUGGGUCUCAUGAAUAUCGCCGGAAUGACAGUCCCGAUGGUGGACACGUCGCAGAUGAUACAGCAGCAGGUGCUGCACCAGCAGAUGGUUCAGAUGCAACAAAGGGCUUUCCUCGCCUCAUCGCUCCAACAGAAUCUCGAGAUACAGAAGCAAUUGCUUCAACAGAACCAACAGCUCCAGCAUAUGUUAGUCCACUCGUCCAUCAAUAGUCCCAACUCUCCCAUAAGCAAUGGUCAGUCCAGUGAGAACCUGGCCGGUAGUCCGCCGAAUCUCUCGUACCCAAUGUCCCCGAUAUCCCCAUUACUGCAAAUACAGACAAUGCCUUUGCUAUCACCCGUCGGCGACACACAACUGAAUCUAACAAAUAAUGAAAACAUUACUCUAUUGGACACAACCUCACCCUUUAAGGAUAUGAAUCGCUCACACAUUCCCGGCUCAAUUCCACCCCCACCUCCUCCGCCGCCACCACCGCCUCCAUUGUCUCCAUCGGCGGCAGAUGUGUACAGAAGGGCUAAAACAGUGCGAAUAGGGAAGUGGCGGUGGCCGCCACCCGCUGACGGUCCCUCCGAGCCCUCCAACAACUUCUUUGAGUUUAAACGUAAGAAACAAAUGGAGAAAAGCGAGAAGAAUAGCGAAGACCGAGACGAGCACUCGCCUGACGGGACAGACAAUCACAAUAUGAACGAAACGAUUGCUCCGAUUUCGCAAAAUUCAAGACCGGAGCCGAAAAUUAUGGAAAACAACGACAAACACAACAACGAGAAAGCGGCGAAAAAGGAUGAGAAGAUAAAAGUGAUCCGAAAUGUGGUUCCUGGAAGUAUUGGUAAGUUGCGGAUCAGCUCCGAAAUGAAGGCCAAGUUGGAGCAGUUGACUAUCGACCAGAGCGUACGGUCCAAAAAGGAUGGCAGAGAGCGGACGGCAAUGCAGAGCCGCAGUAUGGAUGACAUCGCGAGUGUCGGCGCCGUUAAGAAGCUUUCGGAACAGCGAAAGGCUCUGUUGGAGAAGCAACUGAUGGGAUCGUUAAGGAGUCCUAAUGAUCGCACGGAACACAACAACUCCAGUCCCCUAAACACACGCCUCGGGCACAGAGAGGAGCCGACAGAGACUCUGCACUCGAAAUACGCCCAAAGCGUUCCGGUUCUCAGCAAUUAUGAGAGCACUCAAGCGGACAGUGGUUUCGCCAAAAAUGUCUCAACGCGUGGAGAAAAAGUGCGCAAAACUGUGAGCAGAGAAAUACGUGAGAGACGCGACGAGUUGGGGCCCUUCAACAGGAGGUCCGGCACUAUGACGUCAACCAUUCAGGCCGAGUGCGGCGAUCGACUCAGUUAUUCCACGGAACCCGAGAGGGCUUUCUUCGACGAGAUGAGCGCCACGAAUAGUAUCCCCUAUGAGGACAGUAUUAUCUCCAGUAAUGUGAAUCUCCAGAGAUCUGGUCUCAGACUCAGCCACGACUUGUCCUCCAAACCGGUUAAGAGGAUGAAUGUUCCGCCGCCUCCGCCGCCCAUCAAUGGUAUGCUGAGUGCGACCCUCAGUAACCCGGCGUACCAGUGCUUACCGCAUAUGAACGGAAGCGGUCCGCCAUCGGUGGCCGCCUCCAGCAGUUAUUACGCCCCGAGCUCUCCAAUUAUGGCCAGACGUCACCGAAAACUCCCGCCGCCGCCCAUCGGGUUAGCCGUCUCUCAGGACAGACUGUCCUUCGAUAGGAUUGAAUUCGAGGAGAGCAACGAAUUCCUGAAUCCAGUCGAAGCGCCGCCCCUUUCCAUCAUCAGCCGUCCCGACGCUCAGACAACGGUCGACAAGAUUAAGACCAAACUCUUCACCACAACUGAUGCCCCGUUUCUGACCUAUUCUAAAGUCAAAUGGAAGUUAAAUGUCAGAAAAGAGGUCUUCUCACCCCAAGAAACCAUCGACAAUCCAAUGGUUUUGCACCUAAUAUUCCUUCAAGUAGUGAGGGAUGCCUUCUCUCCCACUUGUAUUCGGUUAACACAAGAAGAGAAAUUCAAACUACAAUCCAAACUACAAACCGUUGACAUAAACAUCGACAACGUUCUCAACGCCAACCCUAAGAUCCAGUUCCAGAAGAGUCUGAUUGAGUCGGCCCGAGAAAUGCCCACUUAUUUCAGCCGAUUAUACCCGGUCUCCGGGGGUAGGAAUUUGCCAAACGUUCACUUACUCGGCAUCUCUCACACCGGCGUCCGAUUGAUUCAAAGGGAGAGGAAUGCCGUUUGUGAUUAUCUUAAAGUAUUGGAUAGACUCAGUUUGGACGAUAUCUCGGAAGUGAUAAUUCCCAAGAGUUGUACGAUUCAGAUAUUGCUGUGUGGGGGCGGAUGGAUCACACUUUUCUCACCAAAAGCCAUUCAAAUCAAGAGUUUAAUUGAGAGGUUUGCGUUAGAAACUCAAGAGAGUCAAAUUGAAUUCGUUCGGGCGCUCAGGCAUUACACCAGCGAUGAGCCAUCCAUUCUUGGCUUCAGAAAAGGAGAUAUCAUUCGUAUACUUAAGAACAAAAAUCUUCAGUUAUCUAAAGGUUGGCUGUUUGGUGUACUGGAAACAGGCGAAGGGGGUAUAUUCCCGUGUGAAUACGUGGUGCCCCUAAAUAGCCAGGAAGUGGUGAAGAUUUCGCAAAGAAUGGAUGAGGUCAGGGGCGUAAUGAAUGGCCACUCAAAUGGUUUGCGUUCCGCUCACGAUAUCAAUGAUAAACACGAACUCAAGUCUAACGACGACAGCUCUCUCCGAGAAGACACAUCGCUAUGGGUUGAGAGUAAAAAUGAACAGUUUGACGACGCCAAGAGCGAUAUCACACAAGUCUCGCAAUUAAAUGACGGAAAGUUUUCGUUACUUCAGUUCGCUUUAUUCAACUUCAGAGAGAGUGUCAAUAAAUAUGACUUGCGAUCAAAAGAGGGUUCAUUGAGAGGAUCCAUAAAAUUGAUUGAAAGCAUCAAAUCUAAGAAGAAGAAUAAGAAGGGAAAGGGAAGCGAUCCGACAGAAUGGACGUGGAGUGAGAUCUCCAGUUUAGUCAAGUAUUCAAAAUCCACAAUUCAAAAUUCAUUACUUAUAUUAUCACCGGAACUCAAUAAGAUAGCCAUCGAGUGCUUCGUUGCGAUAAUGCGAUAUAUGGGAGACUUAGCUAUGAUUAAAAAUCAAACGGAAGUCAAUUGUGUUUAUAAUAUUCUUUUGAAUUGUCACAAAUAUCCACAAAUUAGAGAUGAAGUCUAUUGUCAGCUAAUGAAACAGACGACAAGCAAUAAAAGUGCCAAAUUUGAUAGCUGUCAAAGAGGUUGGCGUCUCUUCUCAAUAAUGGCCGCGUAUUUCGACUGUUCAGAGCUAUUGAGACCCUAUUUAUUCAAAUACUUAGAGACGGCUGCUUUCGAUAAGCGGCGGGCCUUUCAUCUGACGGCCGACGUCUGCCUCAAGAACCUGCGGAAGACAUUCAAAUACGGCGGCCGUAAGAACGUGCCGUCCAUUGAAGAGAUCGCCGCCAUAUCCGCCGGAAGGAACUCCAAGCGACAGAUGUAUCGCCUGCCCGGAGGCACCGAAAGGAUCAUCAAUACGGCCUCCUCUACGGUCGUCAACGACAUCAUCGAAGAGAUCUGUCAAAUGCUGAACAUCGAGAACGCCAUCGAAAUGGAGGAGUUCUCGCUCUACUGUAUCAUCGAAGGAGAUCCGUUUACAAUGCCUUUAAAUAAAGACGAAUACAUUCUGGACGUGACCACAGAUCUGAUCAAAAACGGACAAUUAUUUUACCUCAUUUUCUGCCGAUCCGUUUGGUACUACCCGUUACGACUGGACAGUCACCUGUACAUCGAAGUGAUCUUCAAUCAGGUGGCGCCCGACUAUCUGGAAGGCCUUCUGCUGGUUGUGCCCGAAGAGAAGCUACCGGAAGACGCGGUGCCACAGAUCGCACGCAUCGCCUCACUUCUGCACAGGGCUGCCGACAUGGAGCAGAUGCCCACCAAAGAUGAAGUCAAGUAUUUGCUGCCAAAGCCGGUGCUGGUUAUGAAGGAACUACGACCGCCUCAAUGGGUCGAAAUGGUUCAGAAUAACUGGAACGACAUGUCGGCGCUCACGACCACAGAAGCAAAAGCUCAAUGUCUCGAUAUCCUGCAAAAGUGGCCGCUCUUUGGCUCCUGUUUCUUCGCCGUCAAACGAAUACAACAAGACGUGUCCACACAAUCACCCGAUCACAUACUGGCCCUCAAUAGGGAAGGCGUCCACUUCUUAGACAUUAUCACACAUGAAACCCUUUGGAAGUAUCCGUUCUCUGAAGUGAUUUCCACGCGAAAGGUGAGGGCAGAAGACGGCACUCUAUUCCUGGACAUGAAGUGCGGGAACCUUAUGAAAACGGCAAUCAUUUGCAAUAAUUGA